AAAAAAAAAAACACACAAAUCCUCUUAUUCAUAUCUGGAUCAUUUGGUGGUACCUUCCAUUAUCGCACAGACCUCAAAACCACAAUUUCUUUCUUUCUUCAAAUUCUAACAAUAGGUCCCUCAUUUUCCUUGAUUUUAUUUUCAAGGGCUUGCUGACUUCCGCAUGGGCUGAACGAUUCGAUUCGCCGAUUUAGGGUUCCAAAUACCUGAAAAUCCCCUGAUCCUGUUAUCGCGAAUGGCUUCAUCCGACAUCGUUGAUACGACGCCGUUGCUCAGCAACUCGAGCGGGUCCAGCGAUGAGGCCAACCCUAGCCGCCGAUUUGUGCAGCGGCAGAGCCUGCGCCAGGCUGCGCGGUUCCUCCGGCAGGCCAGCGGAGGCACCGGCCGGCGGGCGAUGCGCGAGCCGUCGAUGCUUGUGCGCGAGAGCGCGGCGGAGCAGCUGGAGGAGCGGCAGAGCGACUGGGCGUACUCGAAGCCCGUGGUGGUGCUCGACAUCAUCUGGAACUUCGCGUUCGUGGUGGUCGCCACAACGGUGCUGGUGUUGAGCCGGAGCGAGUCGCCCACCAUGCCGCUCCGGCUCUGGCUCAUCGGCUAUGCCCUGCAGUGCGUGCUGCACAUGGUCUGCGUCUGUGUCGAGUAUAGGAGGAGGCAGCGGCGGAGGCGGGGCCGGGCACUGGGAUUUAAUUCGACGGAUAGUGGCGGGAAUUCGAGCCCGGCGGGGCUGAGAGAGACUUCGGGGCAGUACGUGACGUUGGCGGAUCAUUUGGAGGAGGAAGGCGGCGGCAGUGUUGCAAAGCAUCUGGAAUCUGCAAAUACAAUGUUUUCAUUUAUCUGGUGGAUCAUUGGGUUCUACUGGGUUUCUGCAGAUAGUCAAGCUUUAGCACAUGGCUCCCCUCAGCUUUACUGGCUAUGUAUAAUUUUCUUGGGUUUUGACGUGUUCUUUGUCGUAUUCUGUGUUGCACUGGCAUGUGUCAUUGGUAUUGCCGUUUGCUGCUGUCUUCCAUGUAUCAUAGCGCUUUUGUAUGCUGUGGCAGACCAGGAAGGUGCAACAAAAGAAGACAUUGACCAGCUUUCAAAGUUCAAAUUCCGAACAGUUUGUGAUAAUGAGAAACUUGGUGGCGAUGUACAAGGACUUCAUGGAGGAAUAAUGACUGAAUGUGGCACAGAUUCUCCCAUCGAACAUGUUCUUUCGCAGGAGGAUGCGGAGUGUUGCAUCUGCCUUUCUGCUUAUGAUGAUGGGGUGGAGCUUAGAGAACUUCCCUGUGGUCAUCAUUUUCACUGUGCCUGCGUAGAUAAGUGGCUAUAUAUUAAUGCCACCUGUCCUCUAUGCAAGUACAAUAUUUUGAAGAGUAGCAGCCAUGGUCAAGAGGAAGCAUAGAAUACUUCCAAAAUAUUAUUGUGCAUGGCAUGCCGGCCGGCUCUGCAUAUUGCUAGCUCGACUGUAUUUUUAUGUGCAGUGGUGUCAAUAGGCUCAAUAGACUAACACUUGUCUUUGUUUCCUGUCUUAGUCAUAGUAGUAGUUGUUUACUUUGUUUUCUGCUGUGAAUGGCUGGUUCUCUGUCCCUAUUUACACGCUUCAGGCCAACAGCUGCUUUAAACUUAAUGCUGUAAGAGUUUGCUAUUAUUGAUUGUACAAAAUAAGAAAAAAAAUUAUCACCGGAAAUCUGUUAG